CACGGACGCUCUUUCCUCAAGCUCCAUUUCCAUACAUUCUGUGCUCUAGGAAAAUCGUCUCAACCUGAGAAACUGCCGGGAUCACUGUGCGUCUGACGAGUCUUCUGCGAUGGGUGCCGAGGCGAUGUUCCGUACCUUGCUCUACACCGUCAACUCCCUCCUGCAGCAGCGUAGAUACCAAGCGGCGUUGGCUGUCGUCAAAGGUUUCCGUAACGGAGCAGUGUAUGGAGCAAAAAUACGUGCGCCUCAUGCUUUAGUGAUGACAUUUCUCUUCAGGAGUGGAAGCUUAAGGGAGAAAUUGAAAGCAAUUGUUCGGGCCACCUACACUCAUUCCAGAAACCUGGCAUACUUUGUAUUCACAUACAAGGGUCUGAUGGCCUUACAGUCACAAAUGCAGGGAAAGAAGAUUCCAUUUCAUUCUUUCCUCGCAGCCUGUAUCGGGGGCUGGUUAGUGUUUGGAGAAAAUAACAAUAUCAACAGCCAGAUAAACAUGUACCUGUUGUCUCGUAUCCUGUUUGGCUUGUCCCGACUGGCAGUGGAGAAAGGUUACAUCCCAGAGCCAAAACAAGAUCUCUUCCCACUCUUUGCUGCUCUGGUCUGGGGGAUUGUUCUCUGGCUCUUUGAGUACCACCGGCACACUCUACAGCCAUCAUUGCAAUCAUCCAUGACCUACCUGUAUGAUGACAGUAAUGUCUGGCAUGAUGUUUCUGAUUUCCUUGUAUAUAACAAAAGACCUGCUACCAAACAGUCUUGAAAGAUCUUUGAAUUCCACAUUCCAACAGCAGGGCUUAAACAUUUUUAUUUGAA